AUGAUAAUACCAGUGCUACUAUUCGUUAUUUUUACUGAUGCUAAUUCUGCUCUAGUUGUUGCUAUACAAGAUGAAUUUUCUACUACAAAUGCACUUUAUUGUAUGUUUUAUAUUGCACAAAACAUCACUUUCAAUCUCAAAAAUCAUCUUAAAGAUCAAUAUAAUGAAUUUAUUAGGAAUUUUUUUGAAGUGCAUCAAAUUGGAUUUGUUCCAAUUUUUAAAUAUCAAUAG